UUGGAGAAGCGCAACGUUCGUGUAUUCAUUUCUAUAAAAAAAUAACAAAGUGAGUUAACCGCACCGCCGUGCUGUGACAAAAUUUUAUUUGAAUUAAAAUCCAAUUAGCGCAAUUGUUUGUGGAACACUCUAACCAGAACGUUGAACAUCUAAAAAGCCAAAAUGUCGAAUUUGAAGCGCUUCGAUGAUGAGGAUAACGAGAGCAAAUAUGGCCGCGUUUUCGCCGUAUCUGGUCCUGUCGUCACAGCCGAGCGUAUGUCUGGCUCUGCUAUGUACGAGUUGGUGCGUGUAGGUUACUACGAAUUGGUGGGUGAGAUCAUUCGUCUGGAAGGUGACAUGGCCACCAUUCAGGUAUACGAGGAAACCUCUGGUGUAACUGUUGGUGAUCCCGUGUUGCGUACAGGCAAACCUCUGUCCGUCGAAUUGGGUCCCGGUAUUAUGGGUAGCAUUUUUGACGGUAUCCAGCGUCCACUGAAGGACAUUAACGAACUGACCGAAUCCAUCUACAUUCCCAAGGGUGUGAACGUACCCAGUUUGUCCCGUACCCAAGCUUGGGAAUUCAAUCCUCUCAACGUAAAAGUUGGUUCACACAUCACCGGAGGUGAUCUUUACGGUUUGGUGCACGAAAACACAUUGGUUAAACACAAGAUGAUUGUAAAUCCACGUACCAAGGGUACCGUUCGCUACAUUGCUCCUACUGGUAACUACAAAGUCGAUGAUGUCGUUUUGGAAACCGAGUUCGACGGUGAAAUCACCAAACACACUAUGUUGCAAGUGUGGCCUGUACGUCAACCUCGUCCAGUAACUGAGAAAUUGCCCGCCAACCACCCAUUGUUGACUGGUCAGCGUGUAUUGGACUCUCUGUUCCCCUGUGUACAAGGUGGUACCACCGCCAUUCCCGGAGCUUUCGGUUGUGGCAAAACUGUCAUCUCACAGGCCUUGUCCAAGUACUCCAACUCUGAUGUCAUUAUCUACGUCGGUUGUGGUGAACGUGGUAACGAGAUGUCUGAAGUAUUGCGUGAUUUCCCCGAAUUGUCCGUUGAAAUUGACGGUGUCACCGAGUCUAUCAUGAAACGUACCGCACUGGUAGCUAACACCUCUAACAUGCCUGUCGCUGCUCGUGAAGCUUCCAUUUACACUGGUAUCACCCUUUCCGAAUACUUCCGUGAUAUGGGUUACAACGUAUCUAUGAUGGCUGAUUCCACCUCCCGUUGGGCCGAAGCUCUUCGUGAAAUUUCAGGUCGUUUGGCUGAAAUGCCUGCCGAUUCCGGUUACCCAGCCUACUUGGGUGCUCGUCUAGCCUCCUUCUACGAGCGUGCUGGACGCGUCAAAUGUUUAGGUAAUCCUGAACGUGAAGGCUCUGUCUCCAUUGUCGGUGCUGUAUCGCCACCUGGUGGUGAUUUCUCAGAUCCCGUCACAUCCGCCACUUUGGGUAUCGUACAAGUGUUCUGGGGUUUGGAUAAGAAAUUGGCUCAACGUAAGCAUUUCCCUUCGAUCAAUUGGUUGAUUUCCUACUCGAAAUACAUGCGCGCUCUGGAUGAUUUCUAUGAAAAGAACUUUGCUGAAUUCGUGCCAUUGCGUACUAAGGUUAAGGAAAUUCUGCAAGAAGAAGAAGAUCUGUCUGAAAUUGUACAGUUGGUCGGUAAAGCUUCAUUGGCCGAAACAGACAAGAUCACACUUGAGGUGGCGAAAUUGUUGAAGGACGAUUUCUUGCAACAGAACUCCUAUUCAUCGUACGAUCGCUUCUGCCCCUUCUACAAGACCGUGGGUAUGUUGAGGAACAUAAUUACCUUCUACGACUUGGCCCGCCACUCCGUGGAGUCGACAGCGCAAUCUGAGAACAAGAUCACAUGGAACGUUAUCCGCGAAGCUAUGGGCAACAUCAUGUACCAGCUGUCGUCCAUGAAAUUCAAGGAUCCCGUGAAGGAUGGUGAAGCCAAGAUCAAGGGUGAUUUCGAGCAACUGCACGAGGAUCUACAACAGGCUUUCAGAAACUUGGAAGAUUAAGCUUCAUAAGCGAUUUCUACACAAGUUUGCUUUAAUUUUAAAUUGUUCUAAAAGACAAGGAGCCUAUAAUAUUGUUAUGUAGAUUAAUUAAACGAGAAUCGUGUAAACGCGUCAUCCCAAUCAGUAACGAAACAGAACCAAAAGGGACACAACUAUUCCUUUAUAAAAGACAAAAUUAUGCAUUCCACUUAAAUGUUUCCAACACAAACGUAUUUAAAUCAUUUACUAUAAUUAAUUACAUUGUUUUUCUGUGAAAAUGUUAAAACGAAAACAUUCCGGCCUUUCGGUGUUUCUAUUGAAAAUAAAAUGUUUAUUGCAGGCAACAACGUGAAAAAACACAAACGUCCCAAAAUGUACUUCCAAUAUUAUUGUUAACAUUUGUAUCUUUUGGAAUGUAAACCGUGCGCAUUUACUGUUUACACACACACACACUAUAUACAUAUAUACAUACUGUAGAGCGGGUAUUUGCUAUCCGCAAAGUGCGCAUUCAAUCUACAAAAUACAAGUCAAAAGUGCGGUUUAUACGUCAGCUUACAUAUACAUAUAUACUUAUUUAAAAAUGCAUACCAGUAGUAUUAUUGUAUAAUUGAAAUUCUUGUUUGUCAAAAUCUAAAUGUAUUGUUUUCGCUGCUACAGCUAACCUUCAUUUGUUGAAUGUAAUGUAAAUAAUUACCUUAUUGAAAAUGUAUUGUGAAAAGUGCAUUCUGAAAUAAAAUGUGCAGCCUCAAGCUACAUUUUACUGUAAACAUACAAA